AUGUCUUCAGUCCAGGAACAGACUGCAAGGAGUAGCCUGCCGUCAGUCGUGCUAGCUGGUCCGAGCUCUCCGAUCGCGUCUUCGGCACCUCAUUCAUCCUCCCACGAUACCCCUUUAGCAGACAAGAGCCGUCCGGCCUCUUCCACCAGCUCCGUCAAGAUGCCUCAGUACACUUCGCGCGAUGUCGGCGACCCGUCGCAGAUCAAGAAGAACAAGCAGUCCAUGGCUGAUCUCAAGCUCCGCCGUCUGACGGAGUUGAACAACCGCCUGCGCGAGGAUCUGGAGAGAGAGAGAAUUCCCGUCUCUCAAGCUUCCAAGAGCAUCAUCGCAUACUGCAACAGCACAAGGGACUACAUGGUGCCGUCGGUAUGGGGCGCUGUGCCAAGGGGAGAGGACCCCUAUGCGCCUCAGCAGAGCGGUGGCUGCUGUCUGGUCAUGUAG